AAUCAGAGCUUAAGGGUUUGUUAAGGGUGCACUCAGGCGAAGCUAUUAAUGAUACUGUAAAGUUUUUCAUUCUUGGCCGUGUUUCUAAAUAUGACCUUUGCAUGUUGCAUAUCUUUAAUUGCCUCUUCACAUCUGGAUACUCUUUCGAAUUAAUUAGAGUACUUUAAUUUUCAUUUAAAAUUCCCAGCACGUUCCUCGUUCGAAUUGAGUGCACUCUUCACUGAUUUCUACAGAUAUUACUACAUCAAUCGUUUUUCAAACGCAAAGUUUUCGGCUGGCACAAUUUCCUGACAUAGAUGUAAGAGGGGCGGCAUUUCCGACCCUAAAAAGAUAUCUCGUCUUUGAGUGUUUGUGCGGAGCUUUAUGCUAAUUCCGUUUAAAAUUCUUUCUUGAGCUUUGUCGGUUGUUUUAACAGGGUGGGUAAGCCAAUCACAACUAAAGUAGUUCUAUUAUCACGCUUCACCCAAUACAUCGUGACUUGGUUUUCCGGCGUUAUGCUUGACUUGGGGUAAAAUAUCGCUGAAUUUGCUACUGUGGGUUUCUUCUUGUUUUUACUCACUUGAGAUUUCCACGUUGGUUUCCUUUUGGUUUCCUUUUGGUUUUCCGCCACCGCAAAUGCGAAAACCAGAAGAUGCUGCUUUUUUUGCCGCCGUGAGUGUUUUGUUGUGAUCGAUGAAAAGACGGAUUUUCCCGGAUAAGUCAUUUUCACAGAGAUAUUGUACGUCUUUGCUCCAAAAGUAAAUUUCAGGCAGUCGCGUUAUCUCGCAUCGAUCAACCCGUCGUCUCUUUCUCAACGCGGUGCAUGCGGAAAGAGUUCGGAACAGAAACCCGAUUUAAGCACAAUUUAAACUUUACAGCCUUCUCAGGAAUAGGUGUGAACUUUUGAAACUUCAUCAAGGUGACUUCUGCCCUUGGACAAUACUCCUCGAGAACUGCAAGGUCAUUAUUCACUUCGGGUGUUUCCUCCGCGGUUUCGAUUUACCUUCCAUGUUCUUGUCAUAGCUUCAUGCCAAAUUUACACUCAUUAUAACAGCCCGAAUGCAGUCAAAAACGUUCAGAUUUCGCUUCGCGUGACAAAACCGCUCAUGUGAUAUAACUGAGCCGGCAAAUGGGAUUUGGGCGGUAUUUUGAGAUGACGCCAGAAAUUUCGACACAUCACGCACACUGUGGCAAAUUUGCAGAGUCAUUGUGUUAAAUUAGUUGUUUUAAGCGCCACGAGAACUCCUGAUUGAAAAUACACAUGUCUCAUGUAAAAAUAUGCCGCCUUUAUGACUUCCUUCCAUUAUACAAUUUUCAUGGCAAAUGCUGAAGGAAACUAUUGUGUAGUUGGCUAAGACGCUCUCAAGUUUUGACGUUUAUCUGAUUUACGGCAUAAAUCCGUAUAGAAUAUAUAUAUAUAUAUAUGUAGCGAAUGUAUUAAAUUCGUAUAUUGAUAGAUAAAAUAAUAUCGCUUUUGUCCAGCUUUGCUAUUGAUCCAUACUCUAUUUAGUUUAGAUAAAUGGCCUUUUCGAUUUUCGAUAUCAUGGACAGCUUAAAAUCAAAGCACUUUGUAGCUUUUAUGACAAAAAAGAAUGAAAUAAAAGGGCUUUUUCCAGCACCAUUUCAUAUAGAUUGUAAGUUCUGCUUUUAUAAUGCUUAAAAAUUGAAAUUUGUCUUUGUUGACCCGUCUUCAUUUAGGGGUUUAGAUCACAAAACUCCAUUAAUAAAAAGUGAUUUGAUAAUUACGGCAUUUUCAUGUAGAGGAAUCGGGCAAUAUCGGUUUCUAUCGCCGGAGACUUAAUAAAAUGUUAAAUGAGUAUGGCCAUUACCUUUUUACUGAUUUUUUUUUUCAUAUUUAUAUAUGUUGACUUCAGUUCUCAUCAUGUGUAGUAAUAACAUGUUUAUUAAAGAAAGAAUUCAGUAAGGUGGCGAGAGUUGUCUUCGAAAACAAAAUUACAGCAAUAAUCAUUGCAUAAUUGAAACUCACUUCCGAGGUAUGGCAUGGUUUUAGAUGGAAAAUAGCGAUGGCCCUCAGCGCAUAUGCUUGGGGGUAAAUAUUGGAUUAAAUCUGCUGGUGUCUUAAUGCUCCAUGAAGGAAAGCGAAAAUGCCAUAAAUUCAAUUGUCGUGAACGACUUCUCUCUUCGAAAUCAGUAACAGGUUGAUAAAAAAUUAGGUGCUUUUUUCGCGUCCACAUGUUGCCACGAAGGUCAGUUGGCCGAAGGAAUUCAAUAUUUCGCAGUUACCGGUCGAGCAAGUUUUUAACUGGAAGCCCUCAAACAAUACACUCAUAUUUAUGUUUUGGAUUAGAUGGAAUUUCCACGAUGAAAUAUCAAAUAUCAGCUGACACAAAGCCCUCUUACUGUAUUAUUAUCGAAUGCCUUUCGAAUUUUAACCCCGAGUGUACAAGUAAUUUGAAUAUUUACCCCUUAAAUUCUGCUCACCUUUCUAUAUUUCCUGUACAUUCUUUCAACUGUUGUCAGGCAACAAUGUCUUUAUGAUUUGCAUAGCCAAUUAUCACUUUAAAGCCGUUGCUGCCAAUAGGAGGCCUUGUUUUGACAGCUUUUGUUUCCUGCUGCGUCAAGAAUUUACAGAAAUAAAAAUUAUUUUUUAGGUUGAACUAAUGACGUAACAAAUCGAAUAUAUCUGACAACGGGGUAAUUCAUUUAGUAGAGUGAUUUGAAAUUCUUCUUUCGUCGAGAUAUGUUUUGAGAGAUGUACGUGUAUUGUUAGACUACUCAAUUGCUCUCUGUUCCAUAUUUAUCCUGGCGAAAAACCAUUAACAUCUGUCAUUCGUCGUGUUGUAACGGUCGUCCCUCUUGGGAAUAGUGCUAUUUUGUCUGAAACAAUCCAAAUAGAAAAUCGAGUUCGCAAAGAGAGGAAUGCUAAAAAUUCACAGUCGGGGACUUCACAGUGUCGCUUGUUUGCAAACUUGCCCGAUCUUCUGCGGGUGAUAAUGGUUUCUUCGUACUGACAUUUCAUAUCCUUGAAAAACAUUGAAGUGCCGAGCUAUUUAGUUACAACUAAUUCGAUCACGUGACCUUUGCAUUUCAUACCGAACGCUGACCUAAGCUCUGAAUAUCAUUUCAGUUGAAUAAUCGUCAACUGUGGAGCUAAAACCACAGCGUAUUGUUACUUCGAGUUGUUUUUGGCCGUUGUAAGAGACGUUUCUGUGUAGAUUUGUGCGCAAAAUUCAAAUCAGAAGGGAUUUCAAAGCUAUUUUCGUCGUGCAAAGCGCUGAACGGUUUGCGUUGUUGAUUCCUUUGUUGGUGACUGGCGAAUCGGGCUGUUAAUGGCGUCGUUUAGUAAACUCAAGGCUUAGAAUUCUACCAAAGGACCCAUGGAUGCGCCUGAAAUGUUUCAGAAACCAUCACAUAUUCAAUGCAGGAUGUAACAUGGCUCGUUUUUCCCGGGAUUUAGGAGGAAAUGCGCUAUGAAUGACCCUCAGAGGACUUGUAUUCUUCGGAAUGCAUGCCGAUUUAAAUUAGAACGAUGGCGGUUUUACGUUGUGGUAUUAUGGACAUUAUGUGUGUUUGGUCUUCAUCGUUGUUCCGUCAAUGCAUCGACAACAAAUUCCAUCUAUUUCAAUGUUACUGAAGGACUUCCAAUAGGAACAUAUGUCGGCAAUAUAGCAAACCAGCCAUACGACGUGGUAUUACACAUUCAACCUCAAGAUGACUUGAUCCUCGAUUCAGUCUCCAAGAACAUUACUACAAGAAUUGUUUUAGACCGCGAAAAGAUUUCGGGGUACGUUAUUGAUCUACUGAACCAUAAUCCGUUUCAAGUAACAAGUAUUUUUAUAAAUGUCUCUGACAUAAAUGACAACAUUCCAACCUUUCCCGUGAGUGUUUACGAUUUUGAAUUUUACGAAGGGAACCCUGUACUGGCGCACGUAAGAGCAAUCGACGACGAUCUUGGGUCAUAUGCGGUGCAAAACUACAGCAUUGUUUCUGGAAAUACAGAUAACAUGUUCGUUCUGAUAGAAUACCUUGACAGUGCCGGCCGUUUGAGAGCAAAAAUAGAAUUACAGCCUGGAAAACAACUCGAUAGGGAACAGCGCGAUUUGUUCAGUUUGAACGUGUCUGCCACGGAUGGCGGCACACCACCACAAACUGGCUUCGGCUUAGUCAAUAUUACUGUACUGGACUUGAAUGAUAACGAUCCUGUUUUUAACCCAAAAUAUUACACAGCUAACAUCACCGAAAACUCUAAAGCGUUCACAUCGAUAGUGGAAGUGUACGCCACUGACAAAGAUAUCGGCAGGUAUGGAAAAGUUUUGUAUUCCGUUAUUCAUGAUUCCAGCUCAGACCCUGACGGUUAUUUCACACUACUAACUACUGAGAAAGGGGAAAUAGUAAAUGUUGCAAUCCUCGAUCGCGAGAAACAAGAUCGUUUCUCGCUUCGUGUGCGGGCACACAAUCCAGGCAGUCUGGGAUAUCACAAACACGAUAUAGCUUUCGUAACGAUUAAUGUUCUGGAUGAGAACGACAACCCUCCAGAGGUCACCUAUACAUUUUAUCUAGACGAUGCCUUUCAAGUUUAUGAGGAUGCCAGCCCUGGAACUAAAGUGGCACGCGUUCGGGUCUCUGAUAAAGAUGCUGGUAAAAAUGGGCAAAUUGAGUCUGUGACGAUUCAAGGUGGAAAUGGACAUUUAAUUAUUGAUUAUGAUGCAGUACAUGAUAUUCACGUUAUUUCACUUGCUAAAGAAUUGGAUAGAGAAAAACAACCUACUUUUCCAGUUCACAUUUAUGCCAAAGACCGUGGCCAACCUCAACAAACCACACAGGAUGGAUUCAUCUUUAAUGUUGGAGACAUUAAUGAUAACCAUCCUAAAUUUGAUCAAGAUGUGUUUACUGCUGCAGUGUCAGAGAAUGCUACCAUUGGCACAAGUGUUUUGGUUGCUCGUGCAACUGACAAAGACAUAGGUUCAAAUGCCAAGUUAGUUUAUAAUAUUUCCUACAGUCCUCAAGCUGCUCCUUACAAAUCUUGGUUCCAAAUCAAUCAAGCUACUGGAGAGAUUCGCACAAGUGCAAGGCUGGAUCGAGAAAAAUUUCCUAGACUGGAGUUCCUCGUGACUGUCACAGACUCAGGUGUACCAGCUUUAGGUGCAAACUGUACCGUUAUUUUGAACAUUACUGAUGCUAAUGAUAACAAUCCUGUCUUUACAGAGGCUGUGUACUUUUCAACAGUUAAUGAGAAUUCAGCCAAUAAUACUUCUGUUGUGCAAGUUAUGGCAAAUGACAUUGAUAGCGGAAUUAAUGGUAUGGUGCUUUACUCCUUGGAAACUCAACCUAGGAGUGUUCCAUUUUCCAUAGAUCCAAACACUGGACUUGUUUCCUCUUCAGGACUAAUCGACUUUGAAGCUCAGUCACUUUACCUGGUGAAUGUUGUGGCAUCUGAUGGCGGAGGACGUUUUGAUAAAUCUAUUUUGAACAUUUCUGUGGUGGAUGAGAAUGAUAACUAUCCAGUUAUAAAUCCAACAACAUACAAUGUGUCAGUCUUUGAAAACCUGACCAUCAAUGAUGCCAUCGUAACAGUUUUGGCCAAAGAUAAUGAUAGUGGCAUCUUCUCACAAGUCAAUUUUGCUUUUUCAAAUGGGAACAAUGAUGGUAUCUUUUUCAUCAGUUCAUCCUCUGGGGUGAUUACUCUGAUAAAACCCCUUGAUCGAGAAACAAAGGACUUUCACCGACUUGAAGUUCAGGUUAUGGAUGGUGGUGGAUUGAAAUCUAAAAACUCAGCAGUUGUAGAAGUCACAGUUUUGGAUGUGAACGAUGAACCUCCUGCAUUUGAACCAAGUGCUUACAAAUUCACCAUAAUUGAAAACUCUGAUAUUAACUCACUGCUAGGUUCAGUGUAUGCCUCAAGCAAAGACUUGGGGACAAAUGCUGACAUUUAUUAUUCAAUCAGUGGUGGUGACAUGCACAGAGUCUUUACCAUAAACUCAACUGGAACAAUUUUCACCCGAAGCAACAUUGACCAUGAAAGAAGUCCAGAAAUGUUGCUUACCAUUCAGGCAAAAGAUGGUGGUGUACCACCUCUUUAUGGCUUUGCAAAUGUCAGCGUGACAGUGAUUGAUAUUAAUGACAAUGCCCCUUCAUUUGAAAGCAGUGUAAUUGAUGUCAAUGUUCUGGAAGACACCAAAGUCGGAGAAGUUUUCUACAAUGUUACUGCAAAAGACCCUGACAGUGGUCUGUUUGGUCGUGUAAGGUACACUCUUCUGUUCAACCCUAACAGCACCUUCCAGGUGAAUGCGAGCACGGGUGCAUUGACACUGACUCACUCUAUCGACUUUGAAGGUCCAAGGCAUUAUAUGAUUAAAGUUUUGGCAGAAGAUGGUGGAUCCCCACCUUUGAAUACAACAGCUACCUUCAGAAUAACUGUCGUAGACGUGAACGACCACACUCCAGUAUUCUCCAACUCGUCCUACUCUGCACGUGUCGACGAACUUACUCCAGCUGGGACUGACAUCUUAAAUGUAACAGCCACUGAUGCAGACACUGGUAACAAUGCAUGGAUCUCGUACAGCUUUCAGUCGGGUGUGGACACCAGUAUGUUUGGCUUGAGGUCCAAUGGAUGGCUCUACAUCACCAGAAAGUUAGACAGGGAGCAGCAAGAUGUUUAUCUAUUUAAAGUGGUCGCCACAGACAAAGGACGUAUUCCUAAAAGUUCGACAGCUGAUGUGGUAAUAUAUGUUGACGAUGUUAAUGACCACAAUCCCGAGUUUACUCAGCAGUCGUACAUAUUCUCUGUGGAUGAGAAUCAACCAAACAGAACAUUAGUUGGUCAGGUUCCUGCAUCAGACAAAGAUGCUGGUGCCAAUGCGAGGAUUUCAUACACUUUCGAGCCCCCAAGCGUCGAGUUUGUAAUUGAUCACAAUACAGGCAUCAUUAGAACUAAUCAAGUUUUAAAUCGAGAACAGCGCUCUUCCUACACGCUUAUGGUGAAAGCGAGAGACCACGGUGCGAGUCCUAGAACAGACUAUGCUAGCGUGACCGUUACGGUUCAAGAUUUGAACGAUAACGCGCCCACCUUUAAGAAACCGUUCUACGAGAAAGCUGUUCCGGAAGAUAUCCCCGUGGGGUCGUCUGUCCUAACUGUCGAAGCUUCUGAUCCAGACGUAGGCUCCAAUGGUAUGAUUAGCUACUUCUCUGCCAGUAAUCCCAGUGUGUUUACCAUAAAUGCCAAGACUGGUGUUAUCACCACUACAGCUCGAUUAGACCGUGAGAAACACGAGCGUUAUACGUUAAGCAUCGGCGCCAAAGACCAUGGAAAUCCUAAUCAAUCUCACGUCGUGUUCGUCACUAUUCAUGUGCUCGAUGUGAACGACAAUCCACCUCGCUUUGUAAACAACAGCAUCUUUGUAAAUAUACCCGAGAAGCAGGCCAUUGGAACUGUCGUGACUACCGUGACAGCCAGAGAUAAGGAUACCGGAAACAACGGCAAAGUGCGUUACACCAUCGAUCAAGGUAACGGGGGAAAGGUGUUCGAAAUCAACGCAACUUCCGGUGUUAUCACCCUUCGCAAACAACUGGACUUCGAGAAAAAAAGCAAAUAUCAGCUCAGGAUUGAAGCACGCGAUCAGGGUCAGAACAGUCAGCGCAGCUACCUGUAUGUUACAGUGUACGUGCUAGAUUCGAACGACAACAGACCCACGUUCGAGAUGAACCCUGUGACCGUGCAGUUACGGGAAGGCGUGCCUCCGAACUCCAACGUCACCACCAUUAAAGCUCAUGACUACGACUCGGGUCAGAACAGCUGGAUUCGAUAUUCAAUCGAUUCUCAGUCGCCAGGGCCCCCAAAAUUUAAAGUUGAUCCGUCGACAGGCGUCGUUCAGACCAUCGGAAGAAUCGAUCGCGAGGCAGUCGACGAGUACACUUUAAACAUCCGAGCCACCGAUCAAGCCUUUACAGAAUCCGAGCGUUUAUCGAGUACGUUGACGAUUUUCAUCAUCGUGAGCGAUGUCAAUGACAACAAGCCGACUUUUGUGUCGCCGAACGAGACGUUUGUGAUGGAAGACGAAGGCUUUCGUUACCCCGUCAUCACAAUCACCGCCAUAGAUGACGACCUAGGUAGCAAUGGUGAAGUGACGUACAAAAUAGAGCAUGAUGGGAAUGGCGAAAGCUUUAAAAAGUUUGCCCUGAAUGCGGACACGGGGCUGCUCGAGUUGCUGGGGACCUUGGACCACGAGACCACGCCCAAGUAUGUUCUUAACAUUUCUGUCACAGAUAAAGGCACUCCUCCCCGGUCCUCCUUCCAGCUGCUGACUGUUUUCGUUGUAGAUGUGAACGAUAAUGGACCGGAGUUUAACCAGAGCUUGUUCCUCGGCAACGUGAGCGAAAACCAGCCCGUGGGUACCCCUGUGAUGACGGUCAGCGCGUACGACCUCGACAGCGGAGAAAACGGUGCCUUGACUUACAGUAUUCCCAGAGGAAAUUUGAAUCACAAGUUCGCAAUUAAUGGCAGCAGUGGAGUGCUUUAUACGAAUUCGACGCUUGAUCGCGAGGAAAAAGACGAGUACACUCUCACUGUUUACGCUACGGACAACGUUUAUCCUCGUCGUGUGGGAACCUGCACAGUGAAAAUUAAAGUUCUUGACGUGAACGACCACAGGCCCGUUUUCAUUCCCUCUCGUCUUAAUUUGACUGUUUUAGAGCACACGGCCCCUUUCGAUUUUCACACGUUGAGAGCUCUAGAUUCUGAUAUUGGACAGAAUGGUCGCCUUCGCUACAUUAUUCAGCGUGGUAAUGAAGACGUGAAGUUUUCAGUUGGAGAGUUUACGGGUGUACUUUCGACAACAGGUCAGCUCGAUAGAGAAAUUAAAUCUCGGUACGAUUUAGUCAUAGAGGCAAGGAACGUCGUUGUUCCGUUUUAUAACGCCAGUAUUCACGUGACAAUUUUUGUUGGCGACAAAAAUGACAAUUCGCCAAAGUUUGCGAACACCUCUUACAGCUUAAACAUCCAGGAGCUUACCAAAAUCGGUACUUCUAUUCUCCGCGUGAAAGCCACGGACGGUGAUUCGGGAAAGAAUGGAGAAAUCACGUUUUCUUUAAGUACUGAAGCGCUGGGUAUUUUCCGUAUCGAUUCCAAAUCAGGAACUAUCUACACCUUGCAAGAAUUUGACUACUACACCAAGAACGUUUACAACUUUCUCUGCCGGGCAACGGAUAAAGGAGUGGCACCUAGAGAGACAUCGGUUGGAGUGACGGUGUCAAUCAUCGACGAGAAUAACCACGCCCCUGUGUUUGAGAAGAUACCUUACGAGGCUACUAUCGCAUCUGGUUCAUCUGUGACACAAAAUACCUUAGUGACAGUGCACGCUAAAGACAAAGAUUCUAGCUCAAUAACCCAUAUGACCUAUAGGCUUGCUAAUAGUUCGCAUCGGUUCUUUCAGCUGGAAAGUAACAGUGGAAGUGUAAGAGUUAAACCAGGUGUCUCUAAUAUACCCGACGGAGCUUAUGUUUUGAACAUCAUCGCUGAUGACGGUGGUAACUUGACCGGGAGAGGUAUUUUGGAAAUUAUAGUUGGAAGCGCCGCGGUCAACCGACCAAAAUUCGUCAACAGCACGCCAGUGUUCGUUUCCCUGCCUGAGAACAGCCCAAAGGGUCGCGAAGUGGCCCGAGUACUGGCAAAUCCAUCGAACGAUGUGGUGUACAGCAUAGUCGAUGGUAACAGUGGUAACGCUUUCCGUAUCAACGCCCAAAACGGCAUCAUGACAGUGCAAAACCCGGCCUACCUCGAUUUUGAAAGAUUGCGUUACUUCAGCCUUCGCAUCAUUGUGUCACGAAAGAGCCAACCGUCAAGAAAUGAUUACCUAACACUGCAAGUGAACCUAACGGAUGUAAACGACAACAACCCAGUCUUUUAUCCCGCAAAUAUUUCUGUUCAACUGUCGGAGGAUGAUGCAUUGCAGUCCAGCAGUUUUACAUCAAGGACUGUGGCUAAUCUUUCUACAACAGACAAGGACUCUGGGAAAAACCAGGAAGUGACCUACAAGAUCAUUUUUGGGAACGUGGAUCGUAAGUUUGUCAUUGAUGCACAGCAUGGUGUACUUACUACCAAUGGUAUCCUUGAUCGCGAAAAGCACCCAGUUUACGAUUUGGUUGUUAACGCGACAGACAAGGGAACCCCAUCUAGGUCCAGUUUAAGCCAUGUGGUUGUCAACAUUGUCGAUGUCAACGAUAACAUCCCAGCCUUCUCAGGGCCGUAUUCAGUGAACGUUAACGAAGAUCUAAGAGUCGGGUCCCUCGUUAGGCGCGUGGCUGCCACUGACAAGGACAAACAUCCAAAUUUGAUGUAUUCUUUUGGCAACGGCAAGACUAGUUAUGAUGUGUUUCGCAUCGAUCAGUUGACAGGAGAGAUAACCUUGUUGGAAUCCUUGGAUUACGAGCGUAACAAGUCUUAUGAACUAAAUGUAACUUGUAGCGACGGCCGUUACAAGUCCCACACCACAGUGACUGUUAACGUGAAAGAUGUGAAUGACAAUGCUCCGAAGUUCUUGGAAAGCUCCUAUCAGGCCACACUUUCAGAAGAAACUGCCCAAGGUACGUCCAUCUUAAAAGUUAGCGCUGAAGACAAGGACGAUGGCUCAAACAGAGAACUGAGAUACGCGUUCGUGACCUCUCUAGACGUGUUCCGUAUAAAUGCUACCUCGGGUGUCAUCUACACGGCGAAAAAGAUCGAAACUAGUGAUCGAGAAUCACUUUACUUCGUCGUGGUUUCGGCCAUUGACCGAGGGGUGCCUCAACAGCGUGCUUUCGUAACGGUGCAAAUCCGAAUCAACCGAAAACCAAUGUUUAGGGAGCCAGCGUAUAAAAAGAGCAUUGCCGAAGACGCCCCACCUGGCACUACAGUUCUGACAGUCUCCGCCGCCGAUGACUCAGGAAUGAAUGUAGCCAAGAUAAGCUACAAGUUUAAAUUUGGAAACUCAGAAAAUCUCUUCCGGAUCGGACUUCGAAGUGGAAUCAUCGAAGUGAACGAUUUUGGCUUGGAUUAUGAAUCGGAAAAGAAUUACUUAAUGGGUGUUGAAGCGCGAGAUGAAAGCACAAACAAGAGUGUUGUUGUGGAGGUGAACAUUACUAUUACUGACGUCAAUGACAAUUCACCAGUCUUUGAUCCGACGGAAUAUGUCAAAGAAGUGUACGAAAAUGUAUCGAUCGGAACGACUCUUGUCCGAGUAAAUGCGACGGAUAAAGACUCCGGAGCCAAUGGGCGGCUGGUGUUUUCCAUUUCCUCAGGAAAUGACAAGCAGUCUUUUAGAAUAAACAGUAGGACUGGUGAAAUUGUUACGAUCACGAGUUUGGACUAUGAGAGUAUUAAGGAACAUGGAUUGUCGAUACAAGCCAGUGAUGAAGGUCUUAAGCCAAAGUCAAAGGUUGCAUCUGUGCGUAUCAAGAUACGCGACGUGAACGAUAACAAACCCGAAUUUCACAUACCACAUCCCGAAGAUGUCGGAGUGGAAGAAAAUUCCCCCGUCGGAACAUUCUUUUACGAGCUUAACGCGAAAGACAGGGAUUCAGGCGAAAACAGCGUCGUUAUGUACAGCAUCAUUGGAGGGAGUGGACAAGGUCUGUUUAUCAUCGAAAGCGACAGCGGAAGGCUCAGCACUAACGCUACUUUCAAUUACGAGGCUCGUAAUCUUUACUGGCUGCUAGUCAAAGCCGUGGAUGAAGGGAAACCUCCUUUAGAUAACACGGUAAAUUUAACAGUGAACAUCAAAAGCGUGGACGAAUUUCAACCUGCAUUUGAAAAGUCGAGCUAUGAGUUCAAAGAAGUUCCUGGAAACGCCAAAAUUGGUUACGUUGUCGGUCAGGUUGUCGCGUCCGACGAAGAUGACGGCGAAGAUGGCCGCUUGCGUUAUUCCUUCGACUUUGUCAGUUUAGAUGUGUUUGCGAUAAAUGAAACCACUGGAAUUAUCUUCGUCAACAAGUCGCUCAGUGAAGUGAACAACAAACGGCGAAAACGAAGAAGUGUCGAAGAAACCGAUGAUGUAUCGAUCGGAUCACGGAGGUUUCGAAGAGAGAUUGACGUGACAAAGGUCAAGCUUCGCGUGCAGGUAGACAGUGGUAAGCCAAACUCGUUCAAGGGGCUGGCAUCGGUAGAGUUUGGAAUUGAUUUUGCUUGCGCCGAAUGUGCAACUACGGAACAAAGAGGUGAUGGCGAUGACAAAGGAAUAUCCAAAAAUACCUACAUUAUUAUUGGCCUAGCAAUCUUAGUAGUGGUAAUUUUGAUUGCUUUCAUCGUCAUGGCGGCCAUUAUUUUACGCAAGAAGAAGAAGAAAAGAAGUCGUCAGCAUCCUCGCUUGCGUUAUGAUGGUUCAUUCGAUGAGAUUACGGUGUAUUCAGCUCCAAAUGGGAAUAUCAACCACUUGGAUUCAUCCCUAGAGAAUGUUUCUACGCCUCGCGGUGUCUCUCAGGAAGGUUCGCCUCUGAACGGCCCGAGUGACUCACCGGCUUGUGGAACCGACUCUUCGGAUACACCGAAUAGCGCGUCGAGCGGCCGAGGUUCUUCAGAAGGUGUUGAUUUUGAAGACGGGCGUCAUCCGGUGAUCGUAAACGGAGAUAUUGGAAGUUUACACUCCGAGAAUUAUGUCAAAACUGUUGUGGGACCUGAUUCGGGAAUUCAGCAGGAUUCUGAUCAAGUUUCUCAACUUACAAUCAGCGACGCAAGUAGCAUGAUGCAAGGGGAAGGUUUGGCGAUUGAUAAACACUCGGACAAAAUCGAAAAAUUGCUGGCACGGCUUGGAAGUCAAGAAAGUCUCCAUGUCUUCGGCGAAGAAGGAGGUGGAGAGGCGGACGGUGGAGUUGACGUCAGCAAUUUGCUUUACGCCAAGCUAGCCGAAGUCGACGCCGACGAAGAUGAAUCGAUUAUUGAUGGGAUGCGACCGUUUGUUGAAGAAGGACACGAUCAUCCUUCGUACGGUGGAUCGUUGAGUUCGAUUGUGGGUAGUCGGGAAGAGCUGACAGGAAGCUACAACUGGGAUUACCUUCUGGACUGGGGCCCGCAGUUCCAGCCGUUAGCGGAUGUUUUUCUUGAAAUUGGUAAAAUGAAGGACGAUGCACAUCCAAAGAAAACUGUGAGUUUAAGCUUGCCUUCGAGUCGUGAUUCCCGAAACCCUCCAACAGGGCUAGUAACAACGGACAUGCUUUCUUCGGUGUCUUCACUUCCGCGCUCACCCAUUAGUCCUCCUUCCACACGGUACACUUCCCCUGCAUUCUCACCGAACUUUACUCCGGCCAUUACGCCCUUAGUAACUCGUUCUCCUUCAGUUUCUCCUUUGGACACAGGAGCAUCAACCCCGGCAUUUUCUCCCACUUCAGGGACCACGCCCAAAUCCGGUUCUCGGCCGUCCUCGAUGCACGUACCAGUACUGCACCUGCGCAGAGACUCGCACGAUGGAUCAAACUCAGACUUGACUCAUUCGCCGUCCAUAUCAGACAAUGAAUCUAAUUUAGAAAUCGAUGUAUAGCGAAUUUAUUUUGUAAAGAUAUCGUAUUAUAACUUUGCGCUCUGGAAGGCUCCUCUUGCAAUUUCGACAUCAUAUGCUAUUUUUUACGAUAAAGGAAAUUCAUAUCUUGGUUUUAUUCAUAUGCAUAAACUUUUAAUAAUGAACCUGACAGUGAUUUCAAGAGCUCUUUGAUGUGAGAAAUCGUUGCGUUUUUAAAUUUUUCAGCAGACAUGUACUUCUGGAGGUUCAAGUUGCGGUAGAUUCUCGCCUUACAAAACAUUUAAUAUCGUAUAAUAUAUUGUGCAGUGUUGCCAUCUUGGUUUUAUUCAUAUAGAGAACUUUUUUUUAAUUUAACCUGACAGUUAUUUUGAGAGCUCUUUAAUGCGAGAAAUCUUUGCGUUUUUAAAGUUUGCAGCAGACAUGUACUUCUGUAGGUUUUUUGUUGCGAAGAUCUUCACUCCACAAAACAUUUCAUAUCGUAUAAUAUAAAGUGCAGAGUUCUUUCUAUUUUUGUACAUAAAGAAAUUCUGCGCUGUUUUUUUUUUUAAAGAAAAUUUCCUAUAAUGUUUAUAAUUACGGAGCGAUUCAGAAUAUUAUAAAUUUAAAGAAACAGAGCGUGUGCAAGUAAGGUUGGUUUAUCUGUAGCUUCCUAAAGUGGGAAGGUUUAUCCGUGAAAAAUAGAACGAUUUUGUACAUGGAAA